AUGGCCUCCACCAUGGACUUCCUUAGCGCUUGCGAGAACCGCAGAACCAUCUACCAGCUGACCGACAAGAUCCCCAUCUCGGAUGCUCGUGUCGAAGAGAUUGCCAGACACAACAUUCUUCACGUCCCUAGCAGUUUCAACUCGCAGUCCACUCGUAUCGUUGUCUUGCUCAACGACGAGCACAAGCAAUUCUGGGAGUUUGUCAAGGAGGUCUUGAAGCCCCAGGUCCCCGAGGACCAGUUCCCCCAGACCGAGAAGAAGCUCGAUGGCUUCAAGGCUGGUCACGGCACUGUAUGUGUUUCUGAUUCUCACAUCGGGAUUUCGAAUCUAAGGAAUCAACGACUGACGUGGUCAAUCAGANUUCUUUUCCUCAACGACCCCAACCCUGUCAAGAAGCUCCAGUCUCAGUUCGCUCUCUACGCUCAACACUUCCCCGGCUGGGCUACUCAGUCCAACGCCAUGUCCCAGUACCACCUCUGGACCGCCCUUGAGGCCGAAGGCUGUGCUUGCAACCUCCAGCACUACAACCCUAUCAAAGCACAAGGUCACUGGAACAUCCCCCAGGAGUGGGAGCUCCAGGCCCAACUUGUGUUCGGUGGCUACGCAGAGGGUGCUCGUGAGGCCGUCGACAAGGGCGGCAAGCAGCAGCAGCCCAUCGAGGAGAGACUCUGGAUCCAUGGCGCCCAGAAGUAG